ACGGUACAUGUGCGUCGAUUGCGGCAAUCUGCUUCGUUGAUUACCUCCUUUUCCUAUUUGCAGCAGUCGUCUGAGAAAACUGCUACAAAAAGUUUAAAUUUACUACGUGUCUCUUUGAGUGUCGGUAACUCAUGUGCAAAAAUACAAAAUGAAGAUACAGAAUCAUGGUGAAGCAUGGUGGUUGUGACUCAUACUGAAAUUUGUAUACCCAUUACAUAUAACAGGGAUUUUUACAGAGGGAGAUUUCAAAUUCGGUACGUCAUGCCGUCAGCUCGGCUCACCCUCCGCGAGGAGGACGUGGUUCGACUGGCCCUUGAAUUCUUGCACAAUCGCGAACUGCAUAUUUCCCAGUUGAGUCUUGAGCGAGAAACAGGCGUAAUAAACGGCAAUUACUCGGAUGACGUUCUUUUCUUACGACAACUGAUCCUCGAUGGACAAUGGGAUGACGUAUUGGAAUUUAUUCAACCGUUGGAGGCACUGCAGGCAUUUAAUAUGCGCAAAUUUAGCUAUACGAUUCUCAAGCACAAAUACAUAGAACUGUUAUGUAUCAAAUCGGAGGCUAACGUACAAGGAAAUAGCGUCGACAACGCGGUGGAAGAGGUCGUUAAGGUCCUUAACGAUUUGGAAAAGUUUGCACCUUCCAARGAGGACUACUCGAAUUUGUGUUUACUUCUGACUCUACCGCGGCUCACCGAUCAUUUGCAAUACAAAGACUGGAAUCCAAGUAACGCUCGAGUGCAGUGUUUUCGAGAGGUCUAUCCUCUAGUAGCCGAAUUUUUACCCGGAGACAGAAAAUCAACAGAUGCCAACGCCAAUAACAGCGCAAAAAACGACAGACUGAUCCAAUUAAUUAUCAAAGGCAUUCUGUACGAAUCUUGUGUGAAUUACUGUCAAGCCAAAGCGACAGGAACGACCGAAUCUCAGUCCCACGAGAUGAAUUUUUCGAGAUUGCUUGACGGCAGUGUAGGUUUCAGUGACUCAGAUCUUAGUUUGUUGUCUUGGUUGCAAAGCGUUCCCUCGGAGACGUUCUCCGUACCUUUCGAACAACGAACCCUUAACGUGGAUGUGGAGCGUUUAGAAAGACCUUCUUUGGAGACUUCAUGGACUGAGCACAUGCUCGUAACUCCAAUUAAGCCAAAGACGUUCCCCCACUCGGCGAUGCCAUUUACUCGUCCGCGAUCAGCGGCCGAUAUCAUGACCCGUUCUCUUAUGCCGGUGUUAGACGGGUUGCCUUAUGGUUUCGCCGGCGGUGGCAGCGCCGGACAGAACGGCAACCCACGUCUCAUGGCGCUGAGCACGGGCGAUAUCAACACCAAUGGACCCAUGUCGAGGAGUAGUUUCGCUAGUUUUCACCUGACGGGAAUCAAAAAUAACAAAUUGAUGAACACAUCGGUGGACAGGCUGUUUGAAAAUGAGGGAGAGGUCUUUUUGAGUAACAGUUACGCGGAGUUUCAGCAGCUUCCGUCGAUUCAAGAGCAGACGAGUACGCCGAAAUUGAGUACACCGACUGGGAAUCAAACGAAGUCUAAAAGUCCAGAGAGGAAGGUGUCGAACGCUUCGACUCCGGAACAUAAGGGGAGGGAGUCGCCGGCGUCCGUUGGGACGGCGAGGUCUUCGAGGAGGGAUUCUUUGAAUGAGAAACCGGUCGCUCCUGUAGAUAAUGUACCUACAGGCUCGGUUGAACCCACUUUAGAUAGGAGUUACAAUGGGGAUCUUUUUAGAGAAUUUCAGAAGCAGAAACAGAAGUUUCAGGAAACGCUAGCGCAUAAGGAACGAGAAAGGGAAGAGUUGUUGCGGCAGAUGAAUCAUGAAAAUAAAUUGAUAGAUGAUUGUAAACAGAGUGCAAAUAAACCGGUAAAUGGCACAUCUGGUCUGAAUCGCGGUACUCCAUCUCCGAAACCCAAUCUAAAUGGAAAUGGCGAUGUUUACAGGGGGCCUGCAAAAGCAGAUGGAAGGGACCCAAAGGGACUGCAGGAAGGACUUUAUGAUGCCGUUAAGCCUGUUCCGAGGAACUCAUCAGAGCAAGAUAAUAGCGACAGUAAUGGUGCUAGACCCAGAUUUGUUGCUGUAACAUCUCUGGAAGAUGUUCAAGCUGUCAGAUGUGCAGAAUUUCAUCCUGGUGGUCAAUUGUAUGCUGUCGGUUCCAAUUCGAAAACUUUACGAAUAUGUGCUUACCCCAAACUCAGUGACCUCAGGGAAGACCACCAGACAUAUCAGCCGAUGGUACUUUUUAAAAGAACAAAACACCACAAGGGCUCAAUCUAUUGUCUGGCAUGGUCACCAAUGGGUGACCUAAUGGCCACUGGAUCGAACGACAAAACCGUCAAACUUAUGCGAUUCAACGUAGACACCUCGAAUUUGGAAGGCGAAGAAAUCGAAUUAUCGAUGCACGACGGCACGAUACGCGAUCUGUGCUUCUUAGAGGACACCUCGAAUAAGUCAAGCCUUUUGAUCAGUGGAGGGGCGGGAGACUGCAAAAUUUACGUAACUGAUUGCGCUACGGGAACCCCUUUUCAAGCCCUCAGCGGACAUACUGGACACAUUUUAUCCCUCUACACCUGGGGAGGCGCGAUGUUUGUUAGCGGAUCACACGAUAAGACCAUACGAUUUUGGGAUUUGCGAACGAGGGGUUGUGUGAAUAUGGUGACACCAUGUACUGUCCCUGGGUCAAGGCAAGGGUCACCUGUGGCGAGUCUUUGCGUUGAUCCUUCGGGGAGGUUGCUGGUGUCGGGCCACGAAGAUAGUUCUUGCGUUUUGUAUGAUAUUAGAGGCGGGAGGAGCGUGCAGUGUUUCAAGCCGCAUUCCGCAGAUGUCAGGUCGAUCAGAUUUUCACCCUCGGCUUACUAUCUACUGUCUGCGGGAUACGAUAACAAGCUGGUACUUACAGAUUUGCAAGGUGACCUUACAUUGCCUCUUCCAAGUGUGGUAGUUGCACAACAUCAAGACAAAGUAAUCUCCGGUCGUUGGCACCCAUCUGAAUUUUCAUUUUUGUCGACUUCUGCGGAUAAGACUGCGACGCUUUGGGCGUUGCCGCCAAUGUAGAUUUUUUAAAAUGUUUUAUAAGUCUGAAUUAACCAAUACUCAUUAUUUAUGGCUGCACACUACUUUAAUUAAUAUUAAAGUUGAAACAAAUUGUAACAUCUGAUUAUUUUUUUGUAUUGUACGUCUUUUUUUGUCUAACAUCCAUUUCUAGCUACUAUUGUAGAACUUGUUGUAUAAAUCAUAUUAAAGACACUAGAAGUAGAUGUUAGUCAAGAAAGGUGUAAUUCUAUUGGCGAUAACGAAAGUAACAGAAUUUUUCUUAAAUAUUAAGAAUUUAUAAUUGAGAAUAAAACAAGUUUUCAGUUUUAUUUUAUUGACUGACAUAAUUUAUAUGUAGACACAGUUUGUUAUUAAUUUUAUGUAACGUGUCACGUUGAGUUUGUAAAAACUUGUUAAGUUUAACUGGAUGCUAAUGCGGUUGCUAAUCUUUCAGUGUAGUGUUAACUUCUUCAGUUCUAGUGACUUUAGAGUGCACAAUUUUUGGCUAUAAGUGUGCUCAGCAUGUGCUUUCUAAGUCCAGUUUGCAUUGUUGUGUUUAGUUAUGAAUUGAAGUUUAACAAUGAAGUAAUGUACAUACUAACUUUUAAAGCUUUGUAUAAAAUUAUUGUAAAACGCAGUAUUUAUGUUAUAUCAUGUAAUAUUUAAAAACAAAAUAAAAAUAAUAUUGUUUUUUAUUACAUAAUUAGGUGUAUAUCUUUUAUGUGACUUGUUAAUUUCACAUUAAUAAUAAAUUUUUAAUGAUUAAUACUUAA